CUUCUUCGUGUUCAACAAGGCCCCACAUUCAGUUCUGAAGCGCGACAACAUCCCAAAAGCUUGCAUUUCCUCAUAGUCCCGGAGUAGAGGCUUGAUCCUACGUUUUCGUGGGUCCUGGCGCGUUUCUACACGUUUAUAAUCUACUCCUCGCCUCUACAAGUCUCCAAUGUCGUCAGAUAAUAUUCUGCUUAAUUCUCCUGCUCUUCACUCCCUUAAACGCAACCAGCUUGUGCAGCUAUGCAAGAGGCAUGGGAUAAAAGCAAUAGGAAAGAAUCCAGAACUGAUCGGGAAGCUACAAGAAUAUGGCAGAGACCAUCCUUCUGCGAUCGAUUCUCAGCUCGGAAGCGGGGAGGGAAAUGCGGAGGAGACCCAUAGUGGCGAAAUAGUUGCGCCUCGACCUAGCGAGACCUGGUCUCUCAUCGAGGAGCCCCCGGAGCAGGAGUAUCGAACACACUUCCAAAACCUAUCCACGAUCAAUGAAUUUGGAACCGGCGAAAGCUCAAGUAAAUCUUCCAGUGUGACAUCCUCGAUAAAAGCACUUGCCACUCUCUUACAUGGAUCGUUCUCCUCUUCCAAGUCAAACCUGCUGGCCUCCAGCUCUAUGACAAGCCUCCCUGCCCCGACCGAAACCUAUCCCUCGUCUCAACUGCAACACGACGAUGUGAAAGAGUUCGAACCUUUCAAUGAGCCCGAACCCGAGCCCGAGCCAAAUACAUCAAUAAAUUCGGUGUAUAUGAACGAGGCUGGUCUUGCAUCAACAGUUCGACUCGUGGGGAAGCCACCUUCUUCUCCAGAUUAUGCCAUGCCUUCUCCAUUCAGAGGCAAAUCUGUAAUUUUCCCUUCUUCAUCCCCCAUCUCCCCAACAUUCGACAAAACUGAGAGUUUUCAAACGCCCGAUUCGCACUCUGGUAGCGCCUCUUCAGACCACGUUCUUCCAUCUGUUUCUCAACCCUCCGACGCCCUUCCCGGAACCCCUGAUGUCCAUCCAAAUCGUCAAGCCUCGCCGAAAUUCAACCUCGCUCUCACACAUGCGACAACAGAGUUUACGUUCCGCUCACCGAUGCCUGGUGUUUCGAUGGACGAGGCCAAGAAAGCGAGUUUGCGUGCGGAGAUUCUGCAAGAAAUGAAUCGCCGCUUGCUUGUGAAUGACCUUCCUGCGACCGUUACCGUUGGUUUUUUCAACGAGGCGAGUAAGAAGCGCGCUCGUGAGCCUGAGCCUGCACCCGAAGCAGCAGGGUACUCACGCUUUGUAGCUGCCCAUGAGCGCGAGUUCAACAAGAUGCCCUCUAUUUUGGACGACCGUGCGAGGGUACGCGCUCGACAACGUCUUUCCAACUCACCACGCAAAUCAUCUCUCGCAGGGGUCAAGCCUCGAACUUCUCAUCUCGUUCCAAGGCCAAACCGAACGUCCUUUGCUUCUCGCGGCCGAACUCCCACUCGACCGUCUGUUCUCCAAAUUGGAGUUGCUCCUCUGGCCGGUGAGGAAAGAGCUGCGAAACGAGCGAGAACCUCCAUGAAAGGGAUAGCACCCUCGAUCGUACUUGAAGAGAAGGCAAAGGAAGUCGUGGAUCUGUCGGCCAUGGCGAAUAAGAAGAUUGAGGCUGCUGUAACAGCUGCCAAGAGGAAAUCGAUGUCCAAAGCUCGAGUGAGUCAAACCGGGCAACGACGCAGAAGUAGCGUCGGUCGGAGAAGUCUUGGAAAGAAUGCCGUGCUUGGCAGCAGUAAACCGAAGGGCCUUAUGGGUCGAUUCGGAUUUUUGAAGAAGUCAGCCAAGUCCGUCAUGAAGAGCGUGUUCACCGCUGUUGUGGGUGGAGAGGGUGCGGCCGUAGCACCUGCAGGAGUCCCUCCCACAAGGGAGAGCAAGGAUGGCGAUGUUGCGACCUCUACCUCGUCGAAACCUGCGAUUGCAAAAGACACUUCAAUAACCCACGCGCCAAACCACACGAAGCCCACUGCACCUUCUGUCGGUUUCCGGCCAGCCAAGCCAAAAACUGCUACACCCUUGGAGGCACCUGCAAAACCAUCCCGCCCCGCCCCGCCAAUUCCGUCACAAAAACCAUUGGUGCGUCCGAGCAUACCCUCCCUCACUUCCACCACCCAGGGACGGUCUACCUCCAGCAGAGGAUCUGGAGCUUUGAGUACCACCAAAUCCUCCAGUGCGCUGGGCAGCGCGUCUAGCGCUCGUUCAUCUACAUUAUAUUCUCGAUCUUCGCGGCUUUCUGGAACCACGAGCGGGACCGUUUCCUCCAUCGGGCUUCUGAGAAAGCCGAAUUUCUUGUCGAAAAAUCAAACCAAGGAUGGAGACACAUCCAUUUCCACACUCUUCGCGCCGACAGCUUCCUCUCUUGCCAAAACUCGCGCGCCUUCACUCAAUGGGAGCGUUUCUGGGAGCGUGAGAAUUUCCAAAUCUGGGACGAGGAACUCGACAGCCUCGAGCAGUGUCUUGUCUUCUGCUUCUUCCCGUGGAUUGGCCAGUAAAUUUGGAUACGUCGGGAAUGUGAAACCUUCUGGGGCUCAACCUUCUUCGUCUGUUGGAAGAUCUACUUUUUCACCCACCAGUUCAAUCCUAUCCGCCACUCCUUCAAAGCUUCCUGUAGCUCAAGGCUUUAAAUUCAAAUCCUCUGAUUUUGCACACUUGAAGUCCCCUCCCACUUCUUUGCGCUGCUCUGCAGUUAGGAUUCUUUCCCCUAAUUCAACGACCAUCAACCCGAUAUCAGAUCCGCAACAAGCCGAUACAACUAUCUCUACUCUUGCCACUCCCGCUCCCACAACACUCCUUCCCAAAACGGGGAUGACUUUCGAAGCAGGCGUGACACCCUCUCGCCGACCUCGCAUCUCUCGCUCGAAGGUCAUCGCGAAGUUGGGGGAACAACGCGAGCGGACUGCCGGUGCUGUUACCAGUCCCGCUAAGACAUUACGUUUGUCAGGCGUCACCGCUAAGCGGACGUCAUUACAACAGGCCCGUCCGAGACGGUCGAUGGCCGCAGCAGACAAGAAGACUCGAGCCAUUUUGGACAGUUAUGCAAGAGGUCAGAGGAGGAGUGAUGUACUUGCUGCUAGGGCAAGGAGGAAAAGUGGGAAGAAUGCCAAAUUAUCUCUCCCUGGCGAAGGUAUGACACUAAUGUCAAAAUGACAUGUCAUUAAUUUGUCGAAUCGUGAGAUAUUUGGGGGUUGUUUUUGUCAUUGUGAUAUGCUUUCCAUGCAUCGCAGCUUUCCCUCAUGCCUACUUGGGUUUCUUGCCGUUCGCUAUCCCGUUCUGGACUUACACUACUGUGUAUGCACAUUUUUUGUAUUUAUAGCGCAACACUGGCGUUGUACGAUAACGCUGUAAGCAAUGUUCUAUGGGGUCGAAUUUCAGUACUGG